ACGAGGUAUCGUCCCGCCGAUAACGGAUGAGAUGUUGGUGUCUUCCAUGUGGAGUUCUUGCAUUGCUCGACCAAUGACGUCGUCCACGGCUGUUUCGUCGACUGCGACGGGCGCUGCUUCCGUUUCAUCGCGGACGUCCUCGGGGAUUAAUUCACGAGCAGCGACGUCGGAUGCAUCUUCAUGAGCAUUCUGCUUCCUCAUGUCUUUGACCGCCUUCGCAAUCCUCCUCUUCGUGUCCUCCCUGAACUUCUUCAUUUCCUCAUCUCCAUCCUCGUCGUCACUGUCACUGUCACUACCCUGACUCUGUUCCUCCUCCUCGGCCUCGGCCUCGGCCUCCCGAACGAGCCACUCUACAUCCUCCGCUUCCUCACCGCCCGAGCCUGAGCCCGAGUCCGUGUUCGCCUCGCCUAACCACCGCUCCGGGGAUUGCUCGAACAACCCUGCAUUCGAAUCAAAGCUUGCUUGCGCCUCCUCCAUUGCAAUCCUCAGCGCAGUCGUUGGGGCAGAGGGGAACGCGUACGCCUCCAUCUC